AUGAGAGACAGACCGAACAAAGUCGACAUAUCCAGGAUCCUUAGUGUUAACAUGUCAAACCUCAUGUUGAAAGUAAUGGUCGCCGAGGACCAAAAGCUUAAGGAUACGGCCAAGAAUGAUCAAUCCAUCAGGACCGGCCGCCUCUCAAAAAGUUUACUCCAUCCUCGACACCCAUUUAUCCCAUUCUGCAAUCGAGGUACUCCUUCCUCGACAACCAUUUAUCCUAAUCCUUGUAGUCAUCGUCGAAAAAGGCAAACUCACCCACCAGCUUGGCCUUCAAAUGAGCGGCCAUUCGAGGCAAUAAUGGUAGAGAGGCAUGUCUAUGCAUUUAAUGCCUACUAG